AUGUCUGAUAAAACUUAUAAGCCUUCAUCUGAAGAAUUUUUCAGAAAAAAUUCCUUUUUAAAUUUAGAAAAUUUAAAAAAUUUCAACUCUUAUGAUCAUUUAUUGACAUUGAUUAGUAGUGGAACAUAAAAAAGCAUACCUGAAGACUUAGAAUAGAAAGCGAUUAGACUUCUAAAGUCCAUUAAAUGCAAUUAAGAGAAUUUAACAAAUUUCACUGCUGAACAAGUGGAAGAAUAUUAUUUUUAGUUAGUAAAAAACUUCUAGUUAGUAGAGUAUAAAGGUCCAACAAUAAUUGAUCCUCAGCAAACAAAAAAUUUAUAUUUAGUGUUUUUUGGAGAAGUGACUUUAUACACAUAAAAGCAUAAUGAAGGAAUGCAAGAUUAUUCUCCUGAGCGAUACAAAUAGCUAGAUUAAUAGACUAUUAAAAGCUUUCUAAAUCUAAACUUAUAAGAAGAAGGAGAAAUUAUCAAAAAUAUUGCACCUAGUAAAGACUAUUCCUAAGUUGCAACUACAAGCUAAGAAGAGUUUCUUUUUAAAAACUUUGAAGUAUUCAAAAAGCUUCUUCCAGGGAAUUUAUUCGGAGAGGUUAAAUAGAUACCAGAAUUACCUAAAAAAUAUCUAGCAUUUAUCAGCGAAAAUGCAAUUUUGGCUCAAAUUGAAAAGAAGGAUUUAGAUAACAUAUAGAAAAUAUAUAUGAAAGAAUUAUAUUUUAAGGUAAAUCAGCUUAAAAAGCUUUUGCCUAAUGUAAAUAACAAAUCAAUUAUCUAAUUAAGUAAAGACUUAGUAUCUAGAAAUUAUGUAAAAGACUAAGUAAUUUAUAGUGAAGGAAGUGAAUCUGAUUGUAUUUAUAUUAUAAAAGAAGGAUAAGUUACUUUUGUAAAAAAUUAUAAUGAAAUCGUUAAACCAACGACAGAUUAAAUGAAUCAAGAGGGAGAAGAAGAUGAAAAUUCCCAUUAAAUUUUGAUGAAGCACAAAGUAUUGAAAAACUAGAUUGAACUCAGUAAAAUGAGUGGAGGUUCAAUUUUUGGAGAAGAUGAAAUAUUUUUGGGAACUCUAAGGAACAAUACAGCUAAAGUUUCUUCAAUAAAUUUGGAUGUGUAUGUUCUAAAAAAGGAGUAGCUUUUUUAGGUAAUCUCUUAAGCUAACUCUAAUUCAAAUUAAAACUGCUAAAAUUAUUUAGAAAAUAUGAGGAGACAUUCCCUAAAAAAGUAGGAUUUCUAUGAAAAAAGAAUAUUAAUUAACAAGAAAAAAAUCUAAAAUAUUGUAGAAAACCAAAGAAAAGCUAAUUCUCCUCAUCUUUAAAGAGGUUUAUCUGGAAUUAUAAAUGAAGGGCUCGAGUAAAAAUCUCCUAAAGAAGCUUACAGCUUUUUUAAAACUACUUCGAAAGUUGCUACAACAGAUAAUCACUAAAUAAAAUAGUACAGUCAACUUUCUUAAAAUAACAGAAACUUAUCUUAUGAAAAUCAAGUAAAAAAUAACCAAGCAGAUUUAAGUUAAAAUUAAAAAGAAUAAUAGAAUUCAUAAACAGAUGUUUUAAAUUAGUUUGAAGGAAUUACUUUGAAUAAAUAAAGUGUAAGUAAAAAACAGCAGAAUAAUAUUUAAAAUUAAAUGUAGAGAACAUAAAAAAUAAAUAAUCAAGCUAAUUAGAAAUAGGUUUCUGCUACAGAUGAAAUUUAGUAGCUUGUUUAAACAAACUAGCAAUUCAUGAAAAAAACAGGCUAAAAUGUUAAAAAAUUUGGAUUUGAUAAUCCUCUUUUUGAUGAAAUCGCUAAGAAUUAAAUUCAAAGAAUUCGUUAAAUUAACGAAGAUUACCUUAAAAUGAAAGAUCCUAAGAAGUACAGAGAGAAGCCAAUGCAUUAAAAAAACUAAAUUAUUUAAAAAAGAAUGAGUAAAAUUUUAGAUUUGACUAUUAGGAAAUAACAAAAUAAUCAGAAUCAUCAGUAAGAUAGCAAAGACGGAAAUCAAGAUGAUGCUGGCUAUAAAUUGAAAGAAGUUUCUAGUAAUAUUGCUUCUCCUAGAAUACAAGAUGUAUAAAAAAUAGCAAGCUUAAACAACUUCAUUAGUAGCCCAACUUAAAGUAUUAGUAAUAUAAAUAACAGUUAAACAAAUACUUGUAGUAAUCUCAAUAAAAAGAGUGUUAACUCUUAAAACGGAUUGCUAUCUAGCAGUUAGCAAAUACCUGUCCAGUUAAAAUUUAGUCUGAAGAGCAAGUUUUUAUAACACAGUGAUUCUCCUACUACUAGAUAAAUAGACUAAAGUGAUAGUCCUAUUUAAGUAAAUAGUUUAAUCUCAAGUUAUAGAGAUAGUCCUAUGAAUAGAAAUUAAUCAGAUAAAAAAGUUGGCUUGACUUUUAAUAACUUCUAAUAGAGUCUCUAAAGAAGCGAAUAAUAGCAAGUAUAAAAUAAUUUAGCUCCUCCACAAAGUAAAUUUAGUUAGGAAGCAAAAUUACAGAAUGAAGUAGAAUCAAGUCUUUUGAAAGCAGAAUAAAAUUUAAGAAAAUUAGAAGAUUUUAAAAUGAAUUCUAAUACAAUUUAAAACCAAAAUGAGGUUUAAAAAGGUUUAAGCAAAGACUAAAGGACUCCUGAAAAGAGGCAAUACGAGGAAUACUAAACUUAGCCUUUCCUAAGAAAAGUUAGUACUAAAAAUAUUUCUGAAGAAAAGCAGUAGCAAAACUAUAUUUUAAGUUAAAAAUAAAAGUAAAAUCUUCAAAUAAAGAUACCAAAAAAUGAUUACUGUGAUGUCUUGUAAGAGGAUCUAACUACUGUAAAAUCAAAUCAGACUGUUUAUUAUUUAAAUCAUUGCAGCAAAAAUAGACAUUUAGUUAGAAAUUCUUCAUAGUAAUUUUAGUCUCAAGACUUUUAAAGUAAUAAACAUCCAUUUACAACUGUUAGCACUCCUUCAAAUCAGCUAAACUAAAAAUUGAGCUAUAAUCAAUUUUAAGAUACAAGUUUAAGCUAUAACAAUACUCCUUUUCAUAUUCCAAAAAGCUAGUCGUUUGGGAAAAAAAAUUUAUAACUUGAUACCUAAGAAGAGUCAAAGAAUUAUUUUGAAAAAAGAUAUUAAGAUGAUACUUUUUCAUAGGUAUUUUAAAUUUCUCAAACUUAAUUUAACUAAAAUAGUAAGGUAUCGUUAGCUGACAACAAUUCUAUAGAUUAAUUAAAUAUUUCUAACAACAAUUAAUAGAAUUUAAAACAACCAUAUAUAAAUAAUUCAAAAUCUAUGAACUAAAUUUUUAAGUAAAAAAAUCAACAGUUAAAAAACAACUAUUUUUAAAAACAAAAUAAUAUGUUUUUGCUGAACUCACCAUAAAAUCACCUGAUUUUUUAUAAAAACAAUUAAAAUGUAUAAUCUUAAUCUUAAAUAUUCCAAAACCAGUAAAGAUUCCUUUUUAAAAACGGAGGACAUUUCUCUCACCGUGUCGAUUCGAGUUUAGUUUAGCAGAUUUAAUCUCCUAAAGGGAAAUAAUAAAUUUAAAAUGAAAUAGUAAAUUUUCAUACUUUAAAUAAAAAGAAUUAAAAUAAAAUUCCUUUUUAGAACCAAUUUUCAUAGUUAUAAAAUCAAAAAAAUUCUCUUGUUAAUUAAAAUACAUUUUAAAUCCAACCUCCAAAUUCUCCUUUAUCAAAUGAAAAACAAGCUCUUUACAAAAUUGUAAAUAACCUAAACUGA